GUUUAAUUCAAUGCAUUGAAUGACAAAUCAAUUUUUAUUUAAUACAAUAAUUAUUAUACAGUUUUUAUUAAAGUAAACAAUAAAAACAAUUAAUUAAUUUAAUUAUUAAUUAAAUUAAUUAAUACAAUCACUACAUAACCACUGACCGCUACCUACCGUUUCCGGCGCCGCAAAUCAUCGCCUAAUUUAUCGCUAAAACCAAUCGGUCGACCCGUUAUAACCUAUGUCUCGUUCAUUUCUAUUCGGUGGCCAAACAUCGGCUCAAACCCGUAGCCAGUAUUUGGUUGAAUUCAAGGCCGGAAAGAUGACCCAAAACGGCACUACCGUUAGUCCCGUCAAAGGCCGCAAAGGACUCGUCUAUCUUCACCAAAGUCCCGACGAUUCGCUAAUGCAUUUCUGUUGGAAGGAUCGGCAAAGCGGUCAUAUAGAGGAUGAUCUGAUCAUCUUUCCCGACGAAGCCGAGUUCAAGCGUGUGUCCCAAUGUACUACUGGUCGGGUGUUUGUCCUCAAGUUUAAGCCGAGUGCCAGACGUUUCUUCUACUGGAGUCAGGAACCGAAGGACGACAAAGACGACGAAUUGGUUACCAAAAUCAACGAUUACAUCAAUAAUCCGCCGCCGAUAGGAUCGACUCGUUCGGGCGGAACAGCCGGCGGUGCCGGUUCGGGUGUACUGUCGCCGGCCAGUGCACUGGCCGACUUGUCGUCGAUUCCCGAAAGCGAAAUCCAGGGCCUGUUGAAUAAUAUAUCGCCGCAACAGUUUAUGUCGGUGUUGGGCGGUGUAGGCGGUCUCGGCAGCAGUGGUUUGGCUGCACUGUUGUCCAACACGCGUAACGCCAGUAGUGGUAGUAGUGCGUCGGCAUCGCAGGUGUCGACUCCGGCAGCGCCGCAAACACCGGCCACCACACCGGCCGUUGUCAGCGCAGCCACUAGCGAGUCGUCGUUGACCACUACAGGCGGCGGCGGCACAUCACCGGCUAGCGGUGCGACGGCCACUGGCGGCGGCGCUAGUGCUGGUGGGUUAGCCAGUGCUCUGUCCGUACCCGGCAUUCAAUUGGCUGAUCUCCAGAGUAUCAUCAGUGGACUGAAUAUACCGAACAGUGCUAAAGAUAACGACUCAUUGAAUGUUGACUUAUCGUCGAGUCUAACACUGGAAGCCCUGCAACCGUUGGUUAGUAACGAAGAUUUUAUGCGUCGAGUGAGGGAAUCGUUGCCUCCCAGUGCCGAUGGAGGCGAUACCAUCACUAGUAGUACUACUACCAGCAGCACCAGUAGUACAUCAGCGGUAUUUGCGUCUACCGUACAGUCGCCACAGUUUCAACAGGCGCUCAGUACGUUCUCCGGUGCCCUACAAUCGGGACAGUUGGGUCCGCUUAUACACCAGUUUGGACUGAGCCAGGAGUGCGUCGAUGCGGCCAAUGCUGGCGAUUUGGAAAAGUUUGUUAAAGCGCUUCAAAAACAACAAUUAAAAGAUGGAUCUACUGGUGGACCAAAAGACGAUGAGAUGGCACUCGACUAAUAACACAACAACAACAACAACACCCGUACCGUACGGUCUAUUAACUUCAGAUAACAACAAGUUUUGGCAAUUUUUUAUAUAUA